CACCCACUUUCCACUAUGUCAUCACACAAACAGAUUUAUGCAGUAAUCGGAGCUGGAGUAGCAGCUGCCCUAGGACUUGGACUGUAUGAAAGAGGGGGUGAGCGUACUUUAGAAGGAAAAGAGGGGAGAGGGCUGGCAGGAAGGAAGAGGAGAGGAUAGAGGAUGGGUAUGAUGGGGAAGUGCAUGAUAAGGAGUUUUUGGAGAGGAUAUUGGAGGAGUUUAAGGUAGAGCAUGCGAUUUUGUACUGUAAUUGGUACUCUAUACUUAGGAAGAGAGAGGAAGAGGGUAAUGGAAGGCUUGAUAGGGGUGUUAUGGAGAGAUUUGAGGCUAGUGUUGGAGAGAUUAUCUUUAAAGUUGAUAAAGAUAUUUUAGAUCGAAAUGAUAUUAAUGUUCACAUUUACAAUAAAAUGCUAGAAGUCAAUCAGGAUGAAGUUGCUGUGAAGAAAUAUAACGAAGACAUGGAAAGAAAUUACAAUAAACUCAUGAAUAUUGAGAAGCCAGAUUUUCAAUUUGAAUUUCCAAAAGAGAUCACUAAGGAAAAUUAUUUCGAAUAUUUAAAGCUAUCUUAUGCUAAAUUAAGAUAUGAAAUCUAUCAUGAAGUACAGAAAAUUAUGAAAGAGACUGGUCAACAAAGUAUCACAAAUGAACAGUUCGGUGAAGUAAUCAAGAAAGUCUCCCUCCCUGAUAUUAAAGAAAAGGUAUAUACAAUGAUGAAUUACCCUGAAGUGCCAGGGGAGAAGAGUCCAAAGACAGCUUUGAAAGCCUAUUUAGUCCAUAUGCAGGAAGAUGAAAUGUGGUCUAACGAAGUCCUAUGUCUCCAAAAAUCUCACAAAGAACUCCUACUCCAGAUUCCUCAAGGGAUAAAGGGUGAAGAAAUGAAUGAGGACCCACUAGAAGUCUUUGAGAGGGAGAGAGAAUGCGAGAAUCAAUUGAGUCAGAAAAAGAAUGCUCCCAAUGCUCCUAAAGAAGACCAGAAAUCUCUGGAUAAGUCAACAGAGUCAAACAAGGGAAAUGGCUCAUUCUCAUUUUUGGGAAACCAAAAAGAUCAGCAAAAUCUGGUUCAAGAGUUCCUCAAUCGUGACAAGAAGAAGACUGAUCAAAUUAAGGAAGUAGCUGAAGAGGAAAAUCAGGACAAUAAGCCUGAAGAAGUUAAGGAGGAAAAAGACACUCAAGAACCAAAAGCUUUGGAGAAGUCUGCUCCUGAAGCAAAGCACAAUUCUCCUAAGGUCUUAGAUGAAGCCAACAACAAUAAGGAAGAUGCCGCUCCUGAGGGUGAGAAAUCAGCCGACAAUGAAGAACAAGACUAAAAUAUUCAUCAGCUUAAAGACUUUA